UACAUGAAAACUUGAAGUUAGCUCUCCACACCGUGUCAUCCGACUCCGUUGCGUGCUAAACUAGGCUUUGUGAAGAAGGGAGGAAAAUUUGUUUGUAUAGAAGAAUAAGCUGGAAAUUGCUUUAGAGGAAAGAAACAUAAUUUUCUGUCUCUCGGAUCCUAUUUUACUCAAUUGGUGGCUUUACGUUGUUUGAUGUUCAAUCUACUCUUCAUUCUGAGAUCCAGCCACACAGUUUGCCAUGUCUAAAGCAUCACCUACAGAGUUGCCUAAAAAAGAUGUGACAAAGAAGCCUGGAAAAUUUGAAAAAUUCUUUACCACCAAUAAAAAGAAACAAAGCAAAGGUGUCCCUGAAUCUCCCACCAGCCCUACUGAGAAGACAGUUACUACGUUUAGGUCUGAAAAAGAGGUUGUAAGAGAGCGAAAGAAAGUUAUCUUGGUGUCUUCCACUGCCAAAGUACAGACACAUGCACGCAACUUUGCUCAAGUAGAACCUGCAUCAGAUCAGUUCACCGAACACAUCUCAAAGAAUUCUGCACUGGCUGUAGGUAGAAGAGAAAUUGAGACUACAAAUGGUAAUGGUAAUAUUGCACUUACAGAUCAGAAUACAGAAAACACACAGAAGGAACUUGAGCAAACUAGUAUUGAAAGACCUGCUGUUCACGCCAAUGCAUUUUUGAGCAGCAAUGAGCGUAGAGAACAGUGCUCACCAUCUAAAAUUGAUGCCCAGACCAGUACUGUACCUCUGGUAACAGAGCUUCAGCAAACAAGUCGUGAGAGUGCUACUACAUUUUCAGAUACUAGUCAGAAAAACUCGACGCCUAAAGUCAUCCGCCAGAACAGUAAUGAGAAAAGUGUACGGAAUGUACCGCAAUCUCCUGGAAGAAGAAGCUCUACAGAUGGAGAAACUACCAAGUUCAGCGUGAGGAGAAUUCAGGUAUUUUCACAAGAAACAAAUACUACUAAAGAGGAGUCCCCCAAAAUAGUGACCAAGAAGACUUCAAGGUUCUCCGGUAAAGUGACAGACUCCAAAUAUAAAAUAUCUGAUAAACCGCUUCCAAAAUCAGGAAGCACAGACAAAUUAAACUCUACGAGGCCACCGUUCCAGGUUACAUUGCAAGGGGAUUCACAGGACCAAGGGUCACCACCAGCCGAGCAAAAUCUGUCCCCAGACAGUGCAGGUGGCAGUAGUAUUUUAAGGAGACACGCAAGUGGUGGUGACCUCUCAUCAGCUGUCAGCCCAACAGAAGGUGACGUAUUUACAGGUUCUCCACAAGACAAGCCCAGGAAUUCCAGUGCUAAUGGACAAUCAAAUAAUGGAAAAGUGUUAACAUUUGAUAUCUACUUAAGUAAACCUGGGACAAACUCUCCAACUACCACACGAAACUCUAGCAGCGGAGAGACAAUGGAGAGAAAACCAAACAGGAAGAGGCGCUCAUUAAAAUCCCAGAGCAGUCAGAAUGAGGAGAAGAAAACCGAAAACAGUGUAUUCCAUGAUGAUGUUUUCGAGGAAGGUAGCUUUACAGGUAUUCAGGAAAAAUCAGCCAUAUCUGAUAGUAAUAUAAAACCUGCACCUCCGUCACCUGAGUCUAACGGCACUGUAUCAGCCAACCAAGAACUAAAGGCGGGAGCUAAUCCAAAACAUUCGCCCAAGGGUGAAUCAGACAAAGAUAAACAGCAACACCCAGCCUCCAGCCCUCUGAGGAAAAAAACUGUGACUGCCUGGGCUCCCUCUUCCCCAACAGUCCGCAAAGCACAGAGCAGGGAUCCUGUGUUUAGAAAUCAGACUGUAGCAGCUGCUGCCAAAGUCUCUGAGUUUAAGCAGCCUGCUCUUGUUUCUACAACAAAAGACGCCUACGUGGAAAAAGCAUGUGUGCCUGGAUCCUUAACUGGAAGCGGAGGGGAGGAUUUGAGUGAUCCUGUACGGGGCAUAAGCCCAACAGCAGCAGGUGUUCUCUCGCAGGACAAGAAGACAAAACAAGAGAGCAUCCAGGGAGGGAAGUCUGAAGCAGACAGUCCUAAAAAGUCCCAUAACUCAGAUCCACUAAAACUACAUGUUUCUGUGAAUGACAGCAAUAAAUCUACAGUGACAUCUAAACUCAAUAUCCCACCAAAAUCAAAGAAUGUGGAACUGCCAAUCAAGCCCAAGGCUGUUGAUACUGUAGAUGAAUCUACGGUUGAAGUGCACGCCCCCAAAGGGAACAUUGCUAGCAAGGUUUCUUUAUUUGAGAGCAAGAAAACAAGCCACAGACAAAUUGACUUUUAUGCAACAAAGAACAUUUCUCAGCCAAAGAAGUUUGUGGAAAGAGCCAAACUGAACUUUGGUAAACAGAUCAAAGGAAAUGUUGUGAAAGACAGCAGCUCAACUGUUAAAUCAGCCAGUGAGCCUAAUUUUGCCAGUAACAAAAAGAUCGAAAAUGGUCAUGGUGUAGUAAAGGCAGACACUAAGGACAAGUCUGCCAACCAUAAGGUGGAUUGCACACAAAGUGAAGACACUCCCCAGGCUCAGGGAAAUCUGAUGCUGAUGGAAGACAGGAGAAAUGGUCUGGAAACGGCACCAGGAACCAUAAAACCCCCACAAGAAAGUAUUUUGCCUUCAGCAGAAAAUGAACAACACGAGGACCAGCCUACUGAGUUAGCCAAUGAUGAUGUUCCUUUAACUCAAAGUUUCACACAGAGCAAUGAUUUAGAGUAUACAGUUAAAGCAGAGGAGCCUUUGCUACAUUCAUCACAAGUUUCUGACGAUACUUUAGGUGGAAAUACAGCUGUGCGAAAAAGUAGUACCGAUUCAAGCUCAGACUCUGGCCAUAUAGAAAUGGGAAAUAAACACAAUUCAUUAAAAGAACAACAUACAGAUGCUGUUACAGCAGAAGAGCCGAACAUUUGCCUUACUGAAGACUCCACAACAUUACGUCCUGAUCAUGUAGAUUCUGCUGUUAAUGUUACACUGCCAACGCAUACAGACGAGCUCCAGAUUAAUGGUAGUAAAGAAGUCAUUGAUAGAGAAAGACCACCAGAGCAGCCCACUCUGGAAGAUGUGAAAACCAAGCCAGCUGAAAUUAUAAAUGAGGAAACCAUUCAGCCAGACGACAUUACAUAUAACAAUGUAAAUACAGAUAUGCCAAAUGAAGAUGUACAACUGGAAAUGUGCAUAGAUAACAGCAAACCUGACGACAACUGUGAGGUGCCUAAUGGAUUACUGCAGAAUGAAAUCAUGAAUGGAGACAAGCAAGAAAAAACAAAGCAGUUAAAAUCAGAGGACAUACAUGGGAGAGAACAAACCAUAAAUGACCCAUCUUUAGUGCAAGAUGAAGUAGAAAACAAACCCAGUUAUCUUGUCCAUGAAGAAGAAUGUUUACCAACAGCUAGUGCCAUAGUCUCAGAUGCAGUUAUAAAACCUGAACAAAAGGAAUCCAUAACAGAAGUAACUCAGAAUUCAAUUAUAUGCUCAAAUGAAACCAGUAAUGGAUACGAGGGAGUAAAUUUAGUUGCUGAGGCAGUCUCUAUGCAAGGAGAAGACAGUAAUCUACAGAGCUCUACUAGUAGACAGAAAGGCAGCAAUUUUUCAGCUGUAAGUAGCCAUUCAGUAGAGAAAGUCCCAUCUGCCAGUGCUGUCAAAACUGGAGAUGACCAGGCUAUUCUGAGUAGCAUAGUUGCACCACAAGACCAGAUCAAUAGCAGUGCUGCAAUACAGGACCAGAACAGUAGCAGUGCUGCAAUACAGGACCAGAACAGUAGCAGUGCUGCAAUACAGGACCAGAACAGUAGCAGUGUUGCAUCAAAUGAUGUGGAAGAUUGCAGUGUUGCACCACAGGACCAGAACACUGUAGCGAUUGGGAAUGCGGCUUAUAGCAUUGACUCCUGUUCAGAAGUCACAAAGGAAGUGGAGUCUCCGCACACUGUUAUUGAACCAGAAGAUGACCAUUCACAAAAUACAAUGGAUCUUCCAGCGAGCAUAAGAGAUCCAAGCAUCGGUGAGCUAGAUGUUGCUGUGGCUGUGGACCAAAUAACAGAAAACCUAGAAAAUAUUGACAGUGCCCAUGUGGACACAUUAAACAAUGCUGAAAAGAAAAAAGAAGGAAGCUUUAGCCCAACAUCACAUAACAAUGAUGUUGCUGUUGUAAAUGAGCAUGUCUUUGUAGUCGCUAGACCUAGUGCAUUACAAAACGGCUCCCUUGAUGAUUCACGUACCACUAUCUUUACCAAUGGAAGCAUACAACAUACAGAAAAUUACCAGAAUUUCCUAGAUGUACAAAGGAGUCCCGAAUCCAGUUUCAACACUACAGUAGGAGGAGAGGACAGUGUUCUUGAUUCAUCUUCGGACAUGGAAAUUUUUGCUGAAACUAUCAGAAAGUUAGACAGCUCAAUCACUGUGCCUCAGAAAAGAAAAAAGCCCCGAGCUCCCAAGCCGCCGGGUGUGUAUUUUGGCCUGCCCCCUAUCCAUGAGGAUUAUUUGGAAAAGAUAUUGGACAAUGACUCCUUCUCCUUUGGCUUGGGAAAGAAAGAUAGGGCCAGAGAGAUUGCGCCUAUGGCAUUGUUUAAAAUGCAGAGCAAAGAGACUGCAGAGAAACUAAAGCCUAAAAGGGCAUCAGCGGAACAAAGCAUGCUUUUGAAAUCUCUGAGGUCACAAAAAGAACCACUUUCAGUGCCACAGGAAACAUGUGACAAGGAAAAUGCAGAUGUUACUGAUGUAGCAGUCAAGAGAUCUCGAAUAGACUCAUUCUACUCUGGCCUGAAAUCACCGUUUGCAGCAAGGAAAGAGAAUGUGUUCUCUCCUACAGUCACCACAGUCAGCACAAUUACUACCUCCUUCGACACACCCAGGAAGGAGUUCACUCCCUUAGGCAAAACCUGUGAUCUUAAAACUAUAGAUUGUUCGCAGACAGCUCACACAGCAGAGAGGGAGGAUUUAGCAGUGGCGUCCUCAGAUUUCUCACAAAGUACGCCCGCAGAGCACUCACUAUUUACACCUGUAUGCAGCAUGGACAACCACCUGGAGACCAAAGCGGGUGGACACACUGACUCGGCCGUAUCACGGCCUGAUAUCAACCGCCUGCCAGAGCAAAAUCACUGUACAACUGAUGGGAAAGAAGCGCUGCUACUUUUAAAAAGCACUCCUGCUAAAGAUUUCACUGACAUAUUUUUGUUUAAGGGACAGGAGCAAGGAGCCUCCGUGCCAAGCCUUCAUUCAGAGGUUCAGGGUCAGCAAGGUGCCCAAAAGAUCAACCCCAGACCAGGAAAGUUGGUGAUUCUCACAGAAGCUGAAUGUGGAGGUGCUGUAUUUGAAGUGUUUGCUGACAUAGCGGAUUGUAGUUCCUGGGAACUUUCUCCUAUUAUUUUCAUCAAAACAAUUAGAGGAUGUUGGAUACUCUAUGAAAAUCCUAAUUUUGAGGGGAGAACUAUUCCUUUAGAAGAAGGUGAUAUUGAAAUUACUAAUCCAUGGGGAGAAGAACAAGAAGAAGAAGGUCCUCGUAUACCUGUAGUGAUUGGUUCAUUAAGACAUGUGGUCAAGGAUUACAGAGUUUGCCAGAUCGACCUGUUCACAGAUCCAGGAGGUUUAGGAAUCAUGACAUCACAUGUUGAUGAUACAGAAGAGGUGCAAACGUAUGGCAGGCUGCAGAGAACAUGUUCCAUUAAAGUGCAUUGUGGAGUAUGGCUAAUUUAUGAGGAAGCUGGAUUUCAAGGGAUACCAUUUAUACUGGAGCCUGGAGAAUACCCCGACCUGUCAUUUUGGAAUACUCAAGAAGCAUACAUUGGAUCAGUGAGGCCUUUAAAAAUGGGAAGCCGCAAAGUUGAAAUUCCCUAUGAACCAAAGAUAAUUAUUUUUGAGAAGCCCAUGUUUGAAGGAAGACAAGUGGAGCUGGACAAGGAAACAAUUACUUUUAGGAAACUUGAAAUAGCAGAAGGAUCUGAAGAAGAGAAAAGACUUCCCUUUACUACAGUUGGAUCUAUGAGAGUUAUCAGUGGAUUGUGGGUUGGCUAUGAGAAGUCUGGAUAUGAAGGUCACCAGUACUUGCUGGAGGAAGGUGAUUAUGAAGAGUGGAGUCAUUGGGGAGGCUACAAUGGAUUACUGCAGUCAUUACGCCCAAUGUUAUCUGACUUCUCCACUCCACACAUGAUAAUGUACAGUGAGAAGGACUUGGAUGAAAAAGCAGCAAAUAUCAAUGUCCUGGGGAUCAUAGCAAAUAUGGAAGAGACAGGUUUUGGUGUGAAGAUACAAUCUAUUAAUGUCUUAAGUGGAGUAUGGGUGGCUUACGAAUGUCCCGACUUUACUGGGGAACAAUACAUACUGGAGAAAGGAAUGUACUCAAACUUUAGUGAUUGGGGAGCUAAGAAUGCCAAAAUCUCCUCUGUACAGCCAAUUAAUAUGGAAACCCUUGAAAGUCCAUGGGGACAUUUUAAGGUUGAAGUGUUUUCAGAAUCUGAUUUCCAAGGUGAAAAACAAAUAUAUGAAGGAGAUGUGAAUAACAUAGAAGACUCCUUUAAAAUUAUGUCCUGCAAAAUUUCUUCAGGCAGGUGGGCUCUGUAUGACAAGGCAGACUUCUCAGGUAAUCUUUGGGUAUUAGAAGAAGGCAUCUUUCCCGAUUUGUGUGCUAUGGGAUGCCCACAUGAUGCAGCUAUUAGGUCCUUAAAGAUGAUAAGCUAUGAAUUUUCAGAGCCUAAUGUAGCACUUUGUGGAAAGGAAAACUUCAAAGGCAGAAGAGUAAAACUUAGCAAAGAAUCAACUGACCUGCAGGCGAUGGGCUACUCCCCUGAUUUAAUGUCUCUCGAGGUUCUUGGAGGAAUAUGGGUGUUUUAUGAAUAUGCUAAUUUCAGAGGUCGACAACUAUUAAUUUUACCAAGUAAGAUUGCACAGUGGCAGCAGUUUAGUGGCUGGAACAGAAUUGGUUCACUACGUCCCCUUCGACAGAAACGACUGUAUUUUAAGCUCCGAAAUAAAGAAAAUGGAAUGAUGAUGUCAACAAAUGGAAAUCUGGAGGAUGUCAAACUUCUAAGGAUACAGGUCGUGGAGGACAACGGAGCUGAAGAUCAGAUCUGGGUUUAUCAAAAAGGAGUCAUUAGAUGUCGGAUUGCUGAAGAUUGCAGCUUGGCUGGUGCAGGGAGCCUGAUCACCGGUGGGAGCAAGCUUGGCUUCAGUCCGGAUGAUCCUGGAACAUCACCAGUUCUCUGGAGUAUCAGUCCUGAGGGCAGGAUCCACAGCCGAUCCAAGCCAAAUCUAGUUUUAGAUGUCAAAGGGGGCAGUCAGUUUGAUCAACAACACAUUGUACUGAGCCCAGUAACGGAAGGCAAGCUCACCCAGCUGUGGGAAAUAUGUGUUUUAUAAACAGACGCCGGUGUAGAGCAGAUGCUCUGGUGACUCAAGGUACUCAUUGUUCAUUCUAUGCACUGGCUGUCUACACUGCUGCUAAAAGACCUGUGUCCUGAGAAUCGUGACUUUCAGAGGAUACGUUUACAUCUCCACUGAGGAUGCCAUGGAGUCAACUGGUUUUAUGUUCACUGGAACUUUUAGAAUGCCUUCUAUUAACCCUUGAUUUUUAAAGCUUGAAGCGUGUGCAAUAUUCAGAGGAACUUAAUCCAAAGCUCAAGCACAGCCGAGGCAAAAAGGCCUACCAUGUGGAACUUCUACGUGUUAUGGUGACUCUUGUACAUAGAGUAUUAAAAAAUGAGGCAACUCACAGACCUUCACUACAAAACACUUGGCCAUGUAUCUAUAUGUUAUCAUCUCAAAGUGAUACCUGCACUGUUUCACUGGUCCCCACUGAGUCUGUUGUCCUUUGUAAUGAAAUGAUCAGAAACCAAAAGUAUUCAGAAGCACUGCUGAGCUACUUAGACUACAAAUCAACUCACCGGAUUCACCUUGUACAUGGCAACUUCAGUCCUUUGUGCCUGCUUCAUGUUUGCCCCUGCAGAUUUCUGUGUAAUUGUAUGUCUGUCAGAUGCUGGCCUAUGCAAAUGGCUCCGUUAGAUGU